CCCAAAACCAUUUCUCCCUAUCCCCCUGCCGCCUUCGUAUACACUGAAAGGAGGGGAAACGACGCCGUCUGGUGUGUGUGUGGCGAAAGGGAAGGCCCGCUUGACAAAAAAAAAACCAACAUGGCGCUGGCUGUGUACAAUCCACUAGGCUGCGUCCCUCUACGCUCCGUUUAAAACGAUCGUUCCCGGCCAACGUUUACGUAAAACAAGUCCCUUUUAAUUUCGUGUCUUGUUCAACAUCAAUCCUGUUCGUUGGUGAAAACAUUUGGCUCUCAUUUUGCUUUCUUUUGUAGAACACUUGGUGUUUUUUCAACACCACCAAACAACAGUGUGGCUACAGGCCUCAAGAUCCAUCCGGUGUUGUACUAACUAGUCUCGUAUCUCUUCAUUUUUUUGUUGUCUGAUGCUCAAUUCAAGAAGUGCUACGCGUUGGUGGAAAUUAGAAUUUUAAAAAAAAACGAGAAGGUGUUGUGAAGUCGUGUGUCGUGGUUGUUUGUGUGUUGUGCCUGUGUGUGGUGUUUGCACGCGGACAUGAUCCGAGAGAAACGUUCGUCUCGUGAUAGUUGCUCAUCAACACGGCGAGUUACGGUUCGGUGGGGGGUGAAGUUGUGACAAAUUUCGUCAUCCAACCCAAAACCGAUUAACCUGACGCCAAUGAUCCGCCUCUGCCUCCUUUCUGUCUUUUGAAAGUGUCGACCAAUUACACAUUUUUUAAUGCACACAACGACGUAGACUUGAAAGCAGCAGAAGGUGAAGAGACGGUUGUUGUGUUGGUGGGGAAUCGGGGAUAUUUUUUUUUUUUUUUGACUUGUUGUUGUUCUUUGACGACGUAGUUAUUUUUAAACCGUCAAGUUGGGCAGCAAAAAGAAGAAAAUGUAUCCGGCACCAGCGCGGCAUCCCUCGGCGCAGGGUCCGCCGCCACCGCCGGGUCAGCUGAAAUUCACCGUGGCCGACACGUGUGAUCGCAUCAAAGAGGAAUUCAAUUUCCUCCAAGCUCAGUAUCACAGCCUGAAAUUGGAGUGCGAGAAACUUGCUUCGGAGAAGACUGAAAUGCAACGUCAUUACGUCAUGUACUACGAAAUGUCAUAUGGCCUCAACGUCGAGAUGCACAAACAGACGGAGAUUGCCAAAAGGCUUAACGCCAUCAUAGCCCAAGUUUUGCCUUUUCUUUCGGCAGAGCAUCAACAGCAAGUGGCCACAGCGGUUGAACGCGCGAAACAAGUUACAAUGACCGAACUCAACGCUAUAAUCGGGCAACAGCAGCAGGCCGGCCUGCAGCAGCUGCUGCAACAGAUGCACGCACAACAGCUUCCCCAUGGAGCCGGACUGCCAUUAGGUGCUGGGCACCCGGGAUUAGCCGGAUUGCCUGGAUUGCCACCAGGAAUGGCCGGAGGAUUGUUGACAUUCGGAGCGCUGGCCGGUGGUGGAGGCGGAGGACCACCUGGCGGCCUACCUCCCGGAGCAGGCGGAGCCGGUGGUGCUGGACUUGGAGCUCUCGGUGGAUUGCAUCCACUCCUGAAAGCCGCUGAAAUGGGCGGAGCGGGAGGUCUUGGUGGCGUACCGGGCACACCGACCGGCCCACCUUCCACGUCGGCUCCAUCGUCCGGCAGUCGUGGCGAUCGGGAACACAGAGAACGCGACAGAGAACGUGAAAGAAUGGAACGCGAUCGUGAUCGUGAAAGAGAGCGAGAACGUGAUCGUGAACGCGAGAGGGAAAGAGAAAGGGAUCGCGAAAGAGACCACCGUGAAGAGCAUGUGAAAGUGAGCGGCAGUUCGAUGAGCAGCGAGGACAGGCAUCGCGAUCGGGUAGCCGCUUCGCCUUCUUCGUCGGCCGCUGCCGAAAGGCUGGAACACAAACAUUUGCGGACCCGUUCACCGGGGGCGUUCAUCAGCGAUUUGGAGUCGAAACGGCGCAAAGACGAGCAACGGGCAGCUGACAGCGAUGGUGAAAAAAGCGAUCCGGAUUUAGUGGUGGAUGUGGCCAAUGAAGAUCCCAACUCACCUGUGGCCAAUGGCGAGCACAGGGGCGGUGGCGUAGACCUCAGAGAGAAUGGAGACCGAGGAGGAAACGGACAUGGACUCUCCGGCAUGGGAUUGAUCGGAGGCUCCAAGUUGGAGAGAGCCGAACGUCCGCCAUCUCAUUCGGGGUCGUCGUCUGCUCGUUCCACGCCCUCACUCAAAACGAAAGAACACAUGGAGAAACCGACGACGCCAACAUCCAAAGGUGGGACACCCACAUCGACUUCCACUCCGGUGCUUCCGCCAGGAGCCGUUGCCAAUCCAUUGAUGGGUUCACUACAACGCCCAGGAGCUGGUGGCCCAUCUCUUCCUGGUCCCUACGGUCCCUAUCCACCCGGAAUGGGUCUACCGGGGCAACCGAUCCCGAGGCUACCGGAACCGGGCUCUGUCGGAUUUAUGCCUGUCCAUAACAGUCUUGCGGGAUAUCCACGACCGCCGGGCUUCGAUGCCCAUUCUCAGUCUAGAGGUGCUGCGUUAAACUCAAAUGGCCUGGGCUCAUUACCCGGCGGUAAACCGGCUUACUCGUUCCACGUCGGGGGAGAUGGAGUGGUCCAGCCAGUACCUUUCCCCCCUGAUGCUCUAGUCGGGCCGGGUAUUCCUCGAGCAGCGCGUCCGCUUAGCACUUUGCCACACGGAGAAGUUGUGUGUGCAGUGACAAUUUCUUCGCCGACCAAAUACGUUUACACGGGAGGCAAAGGAUGUGUCAAAGUUUGGGACAUCAGCCAAUUUUUCGGCAGUGGAGGAAGUAGCAACAGCAGCAGUAAAAACCCAUCCCCCGUAUCGCAGCUGGACUGCUUGCAGAGGGACAAUUACAUUCGCAGCGUCAAACUAUUACCAGAUGGACGGACAUUGAUUGUAGGCGGAGAGGCCAGCACCUUGUCGAUUUGGGACUUGGCAGCACCGACUCCUCGCAUCAAGGCCGAAUUGACAUCAUCAGCGCCGGCCUGCUACGCUCUGGCCAUCAGCCCCGACAGCAAGGUCUGCUUUAGCUGCUGUUCGGAUGGAAACAUUGCCGUGUGGGAUUUGCACAAUCAGACGCUGGUGCGGCAAUUCCAAGGUCACACGGACGGCGCGUCUUGUAUCGACAUGAGCGCUGAUGGCACUCGAUUGUGGACGGGUGGACUCGACCACACGGUGCGGUCGUGGGAUCUUCGUGAGGGCAGACAGUUGGCCCAGCACGAUUUCGCAUCUCAAAUCUUUUCCUUGGGAUAUUGCCCAGCUGGAGAUUGGCUGGCCGUUGGAUUGGAGAGUUCAACUGUCGAGGUGUUGCACACGUUGAAGCCGGACAAGUACCAGCUUCACUUGCACGAAUCAUGCGUCUUGUCACUGAAAUUCGCUGCCACUGGCAAGUGGUUUGUGUCGACUGGAAAAGAUAAUCUCCUGAACGCUUGGCGGACUCCCUAUGGCGCGUCCAUAUUCCAGUCAAAAGAGUCGUCUUCAGUGUUGAGUUGUGACAUUUCUUCGGAUGACAAGUACAUCGUGACUGGUUCUGGUGACAAGAAGGCCACCGUCUACGAAGUCAUCUAUUAGAAUCUGACCAAGCGUAUUUUGAAGAGAACAAUGACAAGCUGAAGAGAAAAAAGAUAGAAGAGAUAAGCCAAUAUUUUUCUUUUUAAGUUAUCAAAUUUUCAGAGAGAAAAAAUUUCAGCCCUCCGUCAUACAUACAUAUAUAUACGUAUAUAUAUAUACAGUACUUUCUGUGUGUCGAUUUGACUAAUAUUGAAUGAGAGAGCCCGUCAGGUGGAAAAAAUGGAACCCACCGGAAAUCUUUACCUUUAUACGUGUAUUCGUCGCAGUGAAAACGACCCCAACUCCCCCUUUUUUUUUUUCAUUUCGUUAUCUUGUUAUUGUCCCCUCUUGAACGACGAACUAGGCCACUUGAAAACGCUGGCCGAAUCAAAGUGCUGGAAAUCAGCAAUCCAUGCUCUCCACCCUAAUAAUACAAAAAGAAAAUUGCAGUUCCUUGAACUUCGUACCCGACAAAAAAGGAGAAUUCCAACAAAGGAAAGUCUCGCAGCUGAACAGGAGUGAAGGAAAAGGUUUACUUCGGAAACUAAAAAGAAGAUGAAACUUUUCUUGUGUACCUCAUCAAAGACUCCCACUUCCCUGAUUUUUUAAAUCCCUUUUUAUCCUUCAAACAUUUCUAAACCCUUUCAUCUUUUUUUUUUCUCCCCUAUGUCUUGUCUUGAUCCCGUCAGUGUGUGCAGCUGUGUAAUGGAGUAUCAGUGCGAAUCGAAUAUGGAUUCACUCUCUCUAUAUCUUGUGCGUGUGUGUGUGUGUGUGUGUCACUUUUGCGUUUGUUUUGUUUUUUUGGCUGAUUUCAGUUAGGAUUCUCGUUAAACAAUACCCACAAUUCUCCUUUGGUUUUUGUUUGGUUUAAUCCCAUUUUCAUCGUAAACGAAUCUUUUGAUUUAUUUGUUCAAUCUUUUGUUUCUUUCAUUUCAAGAGACGUCGAGACACUUAAUCCUACCCUUAAACAAGUUUAAUGUGUCGAUGAAUUCGUCUCGUUUGAUUUGAAUUUUCCUGUGGUUCUUUUCUUCACUCUCCAUUCAGAUUUGUUUUAGCCAUGUGUGCAUACAUGUGGUGAGUGUCUAUAAAAAAAAAUUAAACAUAAACAACAAAAAAAUCCUUUA